AUGGCACCAAUCACUGAAUCUACAGCUUCAACUACAACAACACCAACUAUUGUAUCUACAGCUUCAAUUACAAUGGCACCAAUCACUGAAUCUACAGCUUCAAUUACAACAACACCGACCACUGAAUCUACAGCUUCAAUUACAACAACACCGACCACUGAGUUUACGGCCU